AUGGCUUCGACAGAGAAAACCACCACGCUGAGCCUGAAGCUGCUGGUGGACAGCAAGGCGCAGCGCGUGCUGUAUGCGGAGGCCGGCAAGGACGUGGUGGACUUCCUCUUCUCCCUCCUCACCCUCCCCGUCGGCACCGUCGUCAAGCUCCUCACGGCAGACUCCAUGGUCGGCUGCGUCGGCAACCUCUACGGCAGCGUCGACAAGCUCGACACCAUCUACAUCUGCCGCAAAGACGCCAAGAAAUCCCUGCUCACGCCUGCCGCUGGUCGCCAUCAGCCGGGGGCCGAUAAGCUGCUGCAGCUACCCGCUGCUGAGGCCGGACAUUUCUUCAGCUGUGGUUGUGGUAUCUACUUUAACUGCUGCUACAAUGUAACCAAGUCUUUCUCUGCACUUGCUGGUAACGUGCUAUGA